UUGAUGACGUGGUGCGGUUCGUCGACCGGACGAUAAGGAUGGCCGACCAGAGCAGGCAAAUCAAACUCGCCGCAGCCAAGAAAAAGCUGAAGGAGUUUCAGCAGAAGAGUUCUCCUGCCAGUGGAGGAGAAGGAGGACCAGGGGCCAAGAAGACGAGGAAGGUAAAGGGAGGGAGCCAGCCAGACACACCCUCAGCUGACCGACACUCUCCAGACAAUAUUCAGAGUAUUCUGAAAGGUCUUAGUCAGACCAAUGGAUUAACUCUGCCUGCCUAUGGCAAAAGCCAGACCCACGUCCAUGGGGAGGUGAGGGGGUCCCCAGUUACCCAGCUACUGGAGGACCCAAACGGAGAGACCGGCCGCGGCUCUCCUGUGUCUAACCCUGCUAGCUCUGCUACUAACCCUGAGUGUGCAAGCCAAUCCCACAACACUGACCUGCAGCAGAACUGCCCCCAUGACGGUAAUGAAAACCAUGCGGAUGAGAAUAGACCCCUGUCGUCCACAGAGAGCCUGCGGCAGCUCUCACAGCAGCUCAACGGUCUUCUCUCUGGGUCAUCCACCACCUAUAUAAAUGGAGACAGUGCUCCCUCGCCAGCCAAUGAAAAAGAACUGGAGAGUCGAAACCAGGAGCUGGCAGCCGCACUGGACUCCAGCAACCUAACAAACAAUCAGCUCAAUACCAAGCUAGACCGGCUGACCGAGCAAUCUCAGGAGCUCACAGAUCAGCUGCAAAAGGAGCGAAGAGAGUUUGAACAGAAGUGUGUGAAGGAGCAAGGAGCAAUGCGGGAACAGCUACAGGUCCACAUUCAGACCAUCGGCAUCCUGGUGUCAGAGAAAUCAGAGCUGCAGACCGCUCUGUCGUACACACAGCAGGCUGCCCGCCAGAAAACAGGGGAGGCUGAGGAGCUGAGUAACCGUCUCCAGGCCACCAAACAGAGAGUCUCUGAGCUGGAAAGAACCCUGUCCUCUGUCUCCACACAACAGAAACAGUUUGACAAGCAUAACAAAGAGCUAGAGAAAGAGAGAGACAACCUGAGGCUAGAGGUGUACAGACUAAAUAGUGUGAGUGAGGAGGGGAGGCAGCAGAGUUCAGAGCUGUCAGAGCAGCUCAAGCUGAGGGUGAGUGAGAACAGCGCUAUGAGACUAGACCUGGACGAGCUGCGCAAGAGACUGGAGAUGACUGACGACAUGCUGCAACAGUUUUCUAGUCAGUCAGGGCCUCCCAGUGCCAACCAGCAGAUGCACUUACUACUGGAGGAGAAACUACAGAUUGAGGCACACACUGCUCAGUUAAUGGAGUCGGUGGCCCAGCUGCAGACAGAGAGAGACCGCUACGCUGAGCAGAUCCAGGAGGAGGGACAAGUUUGGAAGGACAAGACAGAGCAGCUGCUCUCUCAGGUGACACUAGUAGCAGAGGAGAGAGACAGGAGCAUCAGUCAGAUCCAGGAGCUUGAAGCCCACAUCACAGACCUGAAGCACACUGCAGCCCUUUUGUCCCAGGAGAGAGGGGCCCAGGCGGAGCCCCAGCCCUCAGGGCCCUCGGAGAGUGAAUUGGCCCUCCAGGAGGCCCUCGGCAGCCUGCAGCAGGAGAGAGACUCGCUCAACUCACAGUUCCAAGCCCAGCUGCGUGACAACAAGCAGCUGAGUCGCAUGUGCUCGGAGCAGGAGUCCCAUCUCUCUCAGCUGGAGCGCCAUGCGGAGCUCGGGGCUGAGGAUGCAGAGGACCGCAGGCGCAUGCUGGAGGACGUGCAGAGUGACAAGGCCACCAUCAGCCGCGCCCUGGCCCAGAACCGCACCCUUAAAGACCAACUGGCUGAGCUGCAGAACGGCUUCGUCAAACUGACCAAUGAGAACAUGGAGCUGACCACUGCUCUGCAGUCAGAGCAUCACGUCAAGAAGGAGCUGGGACGCAGGAUGGGACAACUACAGGAGGACCUGCACAAUGUCAAGGAGCAGUUGGAUUUGAAGUCGCAGGAGUACCAGGCACUGCUGGAGCAGCGGGACCAGGUAGUGGCCAACCUACAGCAGUACUCUGCAGGCUAUACAGCCCUGGCUUCAGAGCGAGAGCAGCUCCACAGACAGUACCUGCAGCAGAGCCAGCUGAUGGACCGGCUGCAGCAUGACGAGACCCAGGGAAGGGUUCAGUUGGAAAUGAGCCACAAACAGCUGGAGCAAUACCAGGAGAGGCUGGAGCAGUUGUCCAGAGAUAACGAGCAGUUGAAGGCUGAAGUCACAGAGCUGCUCAACAGCUCAGCCCUGGCCACACUCCCCAGAAACCAGGGAGACGGAGUGGAGAGCCAAUCCCUGCCAGAGAGCCCACAGAAGUCCUCGAUCGCUAUCCCAGAAGACUUUGAGAGCCGCGAGGAGAUGGAGGAGUUUGUGCGCGGUGCGGUGGCGCGUGUGGAGGCAGAGCGAGACGAGGUGAGGAGCAGACUGGAGGAGGAGAGGAGACUGCACUUCGCUGCCAGACACCAGGCUGCAGCACUCAGCAUAGAGCGCCACAGUCAUGACCACGACCACGGUCAGUGCCACGGUCACAGCCAUGAUGACCACAGUGACCUUGAACAUACAGUCUCAGGUUCAGAGGGUGUAGCAGUGGAGGUACAUGAGGCCUUGUAUGUUGCCAUGGAGAGGCUGCAGCAGCGCUUCACCUCUCUGAUGCAGGAGAAGGCUGACCUGAAGGAGAGGGUAGAAGAGCUGGAACACCGCUGUAUACAGCUGUCUGGAGAGACUGAUACUAUUGGAGAGUACAUCACCCUUUACCAGAACCAGAGAGCCAUCAUGAAGCAGAAACACAUGGAGAAGGAGCAGUACAUCAGUAUGUUGGCCCAGGACAAAGAGGAGAUGAAGGCCAAACUGGCAGAGCUGCAGGACCUGGUGAUGAGGUUGGUAGGCGAGAGGAACGAGUGGUACAGCCUCUAUACUGGGGCGCUGGCUAGCGCUGCGGCUAACCCUGACCUGCUGCCAGCCGGAGAGGAGCAGGUCCAGGCUCACCACGCACACAGACGCAUGGAGCUCAACGCUGUGGAUGGACAAGAGUCUGCGGAUGUAAGUUCAGCCGUGAAGCCCGACUCCACCGACCCCCCUCACGGUGGCCCGUCAGACCAGGGCCAGGGGCUCCCCCCAGACUCCCAGGCUCUGAUGAGGCCCCAAGAGGACGGCACGACCAGGCAGAUCAUGCAGCUGCUCCAGGAGAUCCAAAACCCCCAGGGGCCCCGCUCCGUGCCCUUCCUGGGGGACAACCCCUGCGUCCCGUUCUUUUACCGGCCCGACGAGCAGGACGAAGUCAAGAUCCUGGUGGUCUGAUGAUGAUGAUGAGACUAUGGAGCUAACUGGCAAUGUUGGAGGAUCUGUGAACACACACACCAUUCCACCACGUCACACUCCACUUAGGUCAUCUAGGAUGUACACGUACACACAGUUCUGGGUAUACUGUCUCUCACACACAUGCACACUCACUUUCUCUACUUUCUGGGAGAGGUUGUUUCCUCCUUCUUUCUCACUCUUCCUUUUGAGUCCUUGGCUGGUCUUGCAUGCCGUUUCUUUUCUCCAUUGCACUAACAGAGUGACUUAAGGAUGUGAACUCCUUGUGUAAGUGUGUGUGGUGGCCUUCCUCUCCUCGUCCACCUCUUCCUCCUCCUUCGCAACCUCCUUACUUGCAGUGUGAAUGUUUGUCCGCUUUUUCUGUCUCUUUUAAUUGGUAUUUAAUACCGUUAGAUGAUUGGGAAGUAUUCCACCGGAUGCUAUUGAGAUUCUUCCUGUGAUUCUCUUGAUGGAGAGAUGUUUAUUCCUGCACAUUGAUCCCUCUCCUCUGUUCGCUAUCUUCUCCCCUUCUCUGCCAUUUGUACCAUAGGCGCAAUAAAGUAUCUCUGUCCCUCAGUCAUUGUCUAUUACAGGAGAAAUGUAAGGCUUUGAGUGAGACGUUAGCGGCAACAAUGGAAUACAUGAAACGGUAUCAAACACACAAAACGCAUGGAAACCACAUGUUUGACUCCAUUCCAUUGAUUCAAUUUCAGCUCUUACAAUGAGCCCGUCCUCCUAUAGCUCCUCCCACCAUCCUCCACUGGUACCUUUAUGUUAAGGCAGUAACUGGAUCCCCAUUCACAAUGUGUCUGACUCUGGAGGAGAACUGGGCUAGUCUGUCUGUUUGGUAGGAGAGACAGACAUGGCUUGGUUUUGUGUCUGACUCUGGAGGAGAACUGGGCUAGUCUGUCUGUUUGGUAGGAGAGACAGACAUGGCUUGGUUUUGUGUCUGACUCUGGAGGAGAACUGGGCUAGCCUGUCUGUUUGGUAGGAGAGACAGACAUGGCUUGGUUUUGUGUCUGACUCUGGAGGAGAACUGGGCUAGUCUGUCUGUUUGGUAGGAGAGACAGACAUGGCUUGGUUUUGUGUCUGACUCUGGAGGAGAACUGGGCUAGCCUGUCUGUUUGGUAGGAGAGACAGACAUGGCUUGGUUUUGGCGCGUGGGUUGUCUCAAUUAAUUUCCUCGUCGCCUUUCCUCCAUGACCACUGAUCGGCGACAAGACUGACUCACUCAGACAAGUGGUCAUGAAUGGAGGAGUACCGUAUCGAGGCACAGCCCUUGGUAGCUGUUGGUAUGUUCUAUGGCAGUGUAGUGAGUGUGUUGUCUGAGUAGGGCAGGAUAGCAGGUGGGGUAAAGGAGGGCAGGAGGAGUUGGGUACAGUACAUGAAGGAGGUAAGGGCCAGGCUGGAGCCUUGGCCUACCUGAGGUGGAAGUCAGUCAGGAAAGCAUUGGUAAAGACACUAGCAUUUGGAGUGAUGGGAGCAGUUUGCACUUUUCACUUCUAAGUAGGGAGACACCAUAGGACGUCAGGAAAGAGGAACUAGCAUGUAGACACAUGGCUGCUCACCCCUACAACUACCUUGUCUAUCCAUCCUCUUUUAUGUGGAAACACUGAAAUCUGAACAUAUGUAUGUACACUAGAGCUUUAUCUUAUUUAUGCACAUAAGCCAGUCAACUCAGUUGUAUUCCUCAAGUUUGCUAUGCGUUUAUUUAUUUGAGGCCCCAUUUCAUAGCACCAGUUGAUCAUCUCUUGUUUAUCAAUCUUUCAAUUAUGUUGUGCUUGUUGCCCCUCAACAUAUCUCAUUUAUAAUUUAAGUCACUCCCUUUGAGACUGGAUGAAGAUUGUGAGUCUGUUUGAUAAAUGAUUCAAUCUCAAUUGUAUCCUCAUGUCAUUGUCUCUUCUCUCUAAAGUUACAUGGGCUUUUACUGUAGGUUAUUGCACUAAAAUUGGACAGACCUUGUAAUCAAACCCUGUCCCAUCUCACUUAGUUUUGGACAGUAGCUUUUCUAUGGCAGAUCCAUUCUAGACAUUUGGUUUCUAUACUUGGGAGCCCUAUGUCAUCAUGUGCACUUUCGCACAUCGGGGCUCAGAGUUCCACGAAUGAAGACAGAGUGUGUGUUGAAGUGACCGAAAGAUUGUGUGUGUGCGCGCAGUGUGCGCUAGGAGGAUGUGUAGGUAUGUACAUAUGAAUAGAGGGUUGUAAUGAUUCCAGUAACACAAGUCAUGGGCAAUGGGGUAAGCUUUGCUGUUUGAUUGACAGAUGCAGGAAGGUCCUCUGUUUUUAGAUAACCUUACAAUGAUGACCCAAAUAAAGAUGAAAUUGCCAUAGGCGCAUCUCUGCCACCCCGCAGUUUUUGGGGAAAUGUGUGUACUCCCAUAAUAUUUUGGAUAUUUUGGAAUUUUUAUGCUUCCAGUGUAUCUCUGACUACCAAUGUCCGAAUUUUAUUUUUAUUCAAGAAUGGAAGUCUUUAAGCAUGUCAAAAACAGUCUGAAAAAGGUUUUUGGUGGUUCUGGAGAGAGUUUUCAGGUGUGUGUGUGUACCUAAUCUGAACCAUGUCUAACCUGAAGCAAAGCACUUUUCAUAGUAGGACUUGACGUGGUUUCUGUUGAAAGUGAUCCCAUCUGAAUAUUUAAAUUCAUGGCUUUCUUUGCAUUUUCUUUUCCUUUUAGAGAGAGAACUUUUGUUUUGGGAGUGGUAAAACCAAGAGAAUAUUUGAGUUAUUGUUUUGGAGGUGGUGACGAGAGAGUAAAAGUAACAGGUGAAAUAGUUUUCCCACGCUUUCUAAUUCAAACUGUUCUUUUGAAUGAAUGUGUGGGAUUGAACACAUGAUGAUUAAGAGACAGAGGUGAAUGCCUUCUGUUUAAAGGAACUGUAUAUACUGUAACUGUGUAACAUAUUGUAUAUUCAUUCUGCCUGGUGUGUGGGAAUAAGUGUAAUGGCUGUUUGUAGUGUUGCUAGCAGCCCAGAGGGCUUGUCUGUGUGUCUGUCUGAGCCAUUGUUGGCUUCAGGACACACACGGACAGCUGAAGUGAAGGGGUGGGGGUACCGUCUGUGAUUUAAUACAAAAGUAAAAAAAUAUAUUUAUUUGUAAUAAGUAUCGAAACUAAUCAGUUUUAAUGCAAUGUAGGAUUGUUGUGAGAGAACAAAAUGGCUUCCGGGCAGUAUAUUUCUGAUGUGAUUUCUCCUGAUUAAAAGUGAUUGAGCAAAGCA